AUGUAGGAAAAGGCCAGACACGUACCCGUCACUAUGGAUGUCUCUGUUGAAGAGGUUUCUUCAUCGCUUGUGAGGGAAUAUUUGAGUCGAAAGGGACUCAGGAGAACGAUUGCCUGUAUGGAUGAGGAGCACCCACGCACAGAGGCCAGCAUCAACAACAGGUCUAUUCUAAGGCAGAUUCUCAACAUAGAGGGUCUCUAUAAGAAGAAUAAGCUUCAAAACUCCCCUCUAAAGACAUUAUUGGAAAUAAUUGUUAAGCAUCACACCAGGGGCCUUAAGAAUGACAUAAUUACCAGCAAUGAGAGUGACCACACACAGUCUCCUUCGGAUAUUACUUCAAUUGCUAAUUCUCCAGUAGUAACACCAGCAGGGAUGAAUGGAUCAAAGACAGAAGACGGCAUCACAGCUUGUACUAGAAGCCAACAAAUCAAAUUAAGGUCUGAUAUAGAAGACAGUUUCUUGUCCCAGCCCAUAUGUACUUCCUCAUUGCCUGAGAUAGACAUAUUGUCAAGUCACACUUCAACUGGUUUCCAGGCUUAUGAAUCAGAAGACAAAGAAACACAGGCACUGUUUUCUUCCCUCCCAGAGAAUGAGAGCGUCAUUAGGAAAGACCUCGAAAAAAAGACCUCUGCUGCUGAGAGCACCCAGAGGAGUAGAAAUAAUCGAAUUAGACGUGGUAUGAUGGCUGGUCCAGUAGCUAGCACACCUCAGGAAUCAAACAAAAAAAGGCAGAAUCGAAGACAAGAGGUGCCACAGCUGCUCCUCAGAAAAGAAGAAGAAAACAGCCAGUCCAGGAUGGACCUAGGGACUGACUCAUAUCAGAAAAGCUUAGAGCGUGGCCUCUGUAAAAUCAGCCCAACUGACUGCAGAGAUCGGCUAAGAGACUUGCAAAGCGCACCAGAGAGGCUGCAGAGGGAAAACAGCUUUGAAACAUUGGGACAAGACAUACUGAAGAUAAAAAAAGUAAGGUCUUUGCUCAGGACAACUGUAGCUGAUUUGGACAUGUCUGAGAUGGUUUUAGAUGAUAUUGAUGAUGAUGAAAAUAUGCAAGACCUACCCAAAGUACCAUUUCAGAGAACCAUCACAGAGCACACCUCUGCUGCCUGCCCCAUGGACCAGCACACAGCUAUGGUUUUUAAAAGCGGUUCUCUUGGUUCCAGCCAAAGUUAUUUCAGUGUUGAGUGGAGGAAUCAGGGUUUCACUUUCUCAGAAACACACGACCUGAGAUAUGGAAUUGUGCAGAAAAAGGGUGGCCCUUGUGGAGUUCUAGCAUCAGUCCAAGCCUUUGUUCUGAAGAAUCUGCUGCAUGAAAACAUCCAAGCAGUGAUUCUGGCCUUCAGAGGUUAAGAACCUUCCAACACUACCAGAAGAAAGUGUCUCAUUUCAGCUGUGGCUGAAAUUCUGUGGAGGGCCGGUGAGGAAAAACAAGCAAAAGUUGCGAUAAAUUCUGGAAGAAACCAUUUUACCCCAUCUGGACGCUACAAAUCUGAAGGAGUGCUUGAAAAGAUAACAUGUGUCACUGUUAACACCUUGAAGGACCUGCAGUUGCUUCUGGAGCAGCAUAUAGAGCAGUUUGAGACAGGGCAGUCAGGAUGCAUGCUGCUGACCAUCUCUGCUGUCCUUUCUCGAUCCAUCGACAAAGUAAGAGAGGAUAUGGAUGUGCCCACUACUACACUUAUUGGGGCCCAUGGCUACUGCACUCAGGAGCUGGUCAACCUGUUGCUCUGUGGCAGAGCUGUUUCUAACGUCUUUGACAAUGACAUGGAGUUGGACUCUGGCAAUGGCAGCAUGACUCUACUCAAAGGGAUCAAAGGGCACUGUGAUGUCGGCCUGCUGUCCUUGUUUGAACAUUAUAACAUCUGUAAGGUGGGAGAUUACUUGAAGACUCCCCAUUUCCCCAUCUGGGUAGUGUGCAGUGAAAGCCACUUCAGUGUGCUUUUUGGUCUCCAGAGGGAGCUGUUGACCUAUCAGGACCAAGGUCUGGAGUUUGACCUCUACUAUUAUGACGGCCUGGCCAAUCAAAACGAAGAGAUUCGCCUCACCGUGUCUGUUGCUACAUUGGUCCAGAGCAGUCAAGAUGUUGACACUGACCUCAUACCACCGCUGGAGCUCUGCAUUCGGACAAGGUGGAAAGAUGCAUCUGUCAAUUGGAACGACACAGAGCCUAUUCUUUGACCGUCACGUGGCUUAAUGUUAUUUAAAUCAUGACAAGGAGCAGUGAUCAACUAUACUGUAUCACCAGUACAGGUACUUUAAUAUCAUGAGUUCUCCAGUUAUCUCCA